CCCUUAAACCGGAGCAGAAAACGCGCAGAUACCUUCACAUCCGCGGAGACCCACCGCCAGUGGUGCCGUGGUUGGCGACGACUCCAGUCGAGUCAACAAGACGCCAUGAGGCCCCGCGAGCGAGAGGAAGACGAGGGGGCGCCGACGUCACGGGAACCCUCGCCGGCGCCUCCCCUACGCCGCCCUGGCGGUGGCCUCAGCAGUAUGGUGGUCCGCCCACCGGAGAGAAACGGCGGCGGGGAGGACGCCGAGGAGCCACGGCAUGCAUCCGCCUCCGAGGGCCUCCGACACGACUCUCCUGAUCAGCAACGCCGGGGCUCGCCGCUGGACGAACGCCGGCGCGACUUCUCGCCGAGUCUGCGCGGCCACGACUCUCCGCCGUCAUUCCGUCGCCGGGGCUCCUACCUUGACGUACGCCGCCGUGGUGGGGGCUCGCCGGGGUUGAACUCCCGCUACCAGUGGUUCCGCGACGGUCCAGGUUCUCUUUCUCCUCAUGGACGAUUUGAAGCUCAGCAUACUCCAGAUUUUGACAGUCCAAUGAGGCAACACUUUGGGCGUGGUUUCCGGGGUGGCAGAGCUGGUGGCAGGUUUCGAGAGGUUUCACCUGUUGGGCAUGGAAGGGGCCAAAGGUCAGUAGGAGGCAACAAUGCUUCUAGGUGGCCAGUUUCUGAAGGUGAAUAUGUUCACAGAAAUGAUCCAAACUUGUCCCCCCGAGAAGGCGACUGGAUCUGUCAGAACCCCUCUUGUGGGAAUCUGAACUUUGCACGGAGAAGUCAUUGUAACAACUGCAACAAGUAUCGCUAUGGACCUGAAUAUCAUGGACCCAGCCGUAGCCCACGGAGGGGCUACAUAAAAUCUCCUCCCAUCCGUAAGUCUCCACCAAGAAUUUUAGGUCCUACUGACCGUGUUACCCGUAAUGACUUGGACAGAUAUGGAUCACCUCCUCGCGAUUGGGAUGUUGAAGAUUCUAGGGACUUUAGACCUAGGGACUUCAAACCUAGGCUGCUAGCCCCAGCACGGGGUGGUAAAUUUGCAGAUACCAUGCACAGGGAAAGACCAGAUUAUUAUGAGGGGAUCCAGUAUCGGCAAAGACACAAGUUUGAUUGGCCUGCACAUGGGUCAGAGAUGAGAGACAACAAUAGAGAUGAACUUGUUCCAGACAGGAGAGGUUAUGAUCGGCGCCCUAUGUCGUCUCCUAGAAGGUGGUUUUCAAGGGAGAGGAGCCGCUCGCCAGUAGGUGACCGUCCAAUGAGGAAUUCCUAUAUGGGUCGAGGGCGAGAUGACCAACAUGAUUCAUACUUGGGUCGCAGUUGGGCUGAAGAUCUGAACGUGGUUCGUGGGAGGGGUUAUCGCCAAACUUCUAAUUCCUUCACAGGUCGUGGGGCUCAUAUUGACCGACGAGCCAUCGCCAGAGGCAGGAAUGAUCAUAACUACUGAGCCUCAAGGACAUGUUGAUGUAUUCCUUGCGCCUAGUUGCAAAAUCAUGUACGACUGAGCAUUGCUUUUCCGAUGGGAAUGAAUCCAUGAAUACUGGGAAGUCUUCAAGCUCGCUCAGCCAGUUUUUGUUGAACCGUUAAUGAGACUCUUGUUGGAUGUACUUGCUUUGUAGACCUUGAUGAUUGUCAUGCAGACUUUUGAGAACAGCGUUUCAUCUGAUUCUCUA